CGUACACCGGUUUUUUUUCCUCAGCUCUUAACGUUUCAACAGCAAGGCGCUGAACGAAAGAAGGGGAGGAAUAAUACUGAAAGGGCUUCCGUCGCCACAAGCCUCCGUCUCAACAUCUCGUGUGUUAGAUAUCAAAAACCGGAGUGCAUGCUGCUGCUGUUGUGCUCAGAAUAACACGGACGCGCUGGAGCUCUGACAGUGUUGGUGCAUUCGGGAUUACAGUUAUGAUGAAGGUGCAAGUCAAUCUGAGCCGGAUCCUGCUCUGUUGUUUGCUUUGGAUCGCUGCAGCCGGCGGACAGAACUGUGGUGAUACACUACAUGGACCUAAUGGAACGAUAGAUAGCCCAGGCUUUCCAUAUGGGUAUCCAAAUUAUGCCAACUGUACCUGGACAGUCAUCACUGAAGAGCGGAAUAGAAUACAACUGGCAUUUCAGUCAUUUGCCUUGGAGGAAGACUUUGAUGUACUAUCAGUUUAUGAUGGUCAAUUGCAACAGGAGAACCUAAGAACAAGGUUAACAGGAUUUCAACUUCCUCCUCCGAUUGUGAGUUCUGGAUCCGUUCUCACAUUGUGGCUUCUCAGCGAUUAUGCAGUGAGUGCUCAAGGUUUCAGAGCGAUCUAUGAGGUAUUGCCAAGUCAUACUUGUGGAAAUCCUGGCAAGUUACAGAAUGGACUGCAGCAGGGAUCCACGUUCAAUAUUGGUGACAAAAUCCGGUUCAGCUGCAAUGCUGGCCACUUCCUAGAGGGACAUGCAGUGCUGACGUGCCUUGCCAGCUUGGAGAACAGUGCUUCAUGGGAUUUUCCAGUUCCCUUUUGCCGAGCUGAUGAUGGUUGUGGAGGGACCCUGCGAGGGCAAAGUGGGGUUAUCUCAAGCCCUGGUUUUCCAUCAGAUUAUGACAACAAUGCAGACUGCACUUGGACUAUUCUGGCUGAACCUGGUGAUACCAUUGCACUGGUCUUCACAGACUUUCAACUGGAAGAUGGAUAUGACUUCUUGGAGGUCAGCGGAACGGAAGAUUCAUCAACAUGGUUGACUGGAAUGAAUCUACCUUCUCCUGUUAUCAGCAGUAAAAACUGGCUCCGACUUCACUUCACAUCAGACAGUAAUCACAAGCAGAAAGGGUUUAGUGCUCAUUACCAAGUUAAAAAGCUGAUUGAGCUGAAAUCUCGAGGUGUUAAAUUACUUCCCAGCAAAGACAAUCAGAAGUCUUCAGUUUUAACUCAAGCAGGGAUGGCACAAGGAUAUAAUAUGUGUCCUGACCCAGGAAUUCCUGAAUGGGGUAAAAGAAUAGGUGUGGAUUUCAGUCUGGGCUCCAGUGUGCAGUUCUCAUGUGACGAAGGCUAUGAGUUGCAAGGGUCUAAAAGCAUCACCUGUCUGAGAGUAACUGACAUGUUUGCGGCUUGGAGUGAUCACAGACCAUUCUGCCGAGCUCGAGUCUGUGGUGCCCGUCUGAAUGGUCCCACUGGAGUUAUUACAUCACCCAAUUUCCCGGUUCAGUAUGACAGUGAUGCACACUGUGUAUGGGUGAUUACUGCCUCUGAUCCUGACAAGGUCAUUAGGCUGACGUUUGAUGAAUUUGAGUUGGAAAGAGGCUACGACACACUGACGGUUGGUGAUGGUGGGCAGCCCGGAGAACCAAAAACAGUGCUCCAUGUAUUGACAGGCACAAAUGUUCCUGACCUCAUUGUGAGUGUGAGCAAUCAGAUGUGGCUGCAGUUCCAGACUGAUGAGACCAACAGUAUGCUGGGCUUCAAGGCUAUCUAUGCAGAGAUAGAGCAGGGGACCUGCAGUGAUCCUGGAACACCAGCCUAUGGAAAGCGAGAAGGCAACAGCUUCCUUCAUGGUGAUAUUUUGAGAUUUGAAUGCUUGCCUGCUUUUGAACUUGUUGGCCAAAAAUCUAUUACGUGCCAGAAGAAUAACCAAUGGUCAGCCAAGAAGCCAAGCUGUGUCUUUUCGUGCUUCUUCAAUUUUACAACUCCAUCUGGUGUUCUGCUAUCCCCCAACUACCCAGAGGAUUAUGGCAACCAUAUGCAUUGUGUAUGGCUGAUUAUUGCAAAGCCAGAAAGCAGGAUUCACUUGGCCUUUAAUGAUUUUGAUGUUGAGCCACAAUUUGACUUUGUUUCUGUGAAGGAUGGGUUAAAUCCUGAAUCACCUGUCUUGGGCACUUUCUCUGGAAACAAAAUUCCUUCUCCUUUGACCAGCAGUGGGCACGUAUCACGUCUAGAAUUCCUGACAGACCACUCCACAGCUGCUCGUGGAUUUAACAUCACGUUUACCACAUUCAGGCAUAAUGAAUGCCCAGAUCCAGGAGUUCCAGUGAAUGGGAGACGUUUUGGGGAAAGUCUUCAGCUCGGCAGCACUGUAUCUUUUCUAUGUGAGGAAGGAUUUCUCAAGACACAUGGAUCAGAAACUAUCUCCUGUAUCCUGAAAGAUGGAAACGUGGUCUGGAACAAUGCUGUACCACGAUGUGAAGCGCCAUGUGGAGGUCACCUGACUGCUCCAAGUGGAAUGAUAUUAUCUCCAGGCUGGCCAGGAUUUUACAAGGAUUCUCUGAACUGUGUGUGGGUGAUUGAAGCUGAACCAGGAUACCCGAUUAAAAUAACCUUUGACAGAUUUAAAACUGAAGUAAACUAUGACACCUUGGAGGUACGAGAUGGAAGAUCAUACUCUUCACCGCUCAUAGGACUCUACCAUGGUACACAAGUACCCCAGUUUCUGAUCAGCACCAGCAACUAUCUUUACCUCCUAUUCUCUACUGACAAAAGCCACUCAGAUGUUGGGUUCCAAAUUCGGUUUGAAAGUGUUAAACUACAAUCUGAUUCUUGUUUGGAUCCUGGAAUUCCUGUAAAUGGUCUGCGCCAUGGAAAUCUCUUCUAUAUUGGAUCUUCUGUGACCUUUGGUUGUGACCCAGGGUACACCCUAAGUGAUGAUGAAGCGCUUGUUUGUGAACCCAAUUACCAAUGGAGCCGAGCUUUGCCCAGCUGUGAAGCUUUGUGUGGAGGCUACAUUCGUGGAUCAAGUGGAACCAUCCUGUCUCCUGGCUUUCCUGACUUUUAUCGGAAUUCUCUGAAUUGCACCUGGACAGUGGAGACAUCACAUGGCAAAGGAAUCCAGUUAACAUUCCAUACUUUUCACUUGGAGAGUCCACACGAUUAUCUGCUGAUCACAGAGAAUGGAAGCUUUACCCAACCUUUGAAAAGGCUCUCAGGAUCUAACCUGCCAGCAUCAGUCAGUGCUGGACUCUUCGGGAAUUACACAACACAGAUCCGAUUUAUUUCAGACUUCUCCAUGUCAUAUGAGGGGUUCAACAUAACCUUUUCAGAACAUGAUUUGGAGCCUUGCGAUGAUCCUGGUAUCCCACCAUUCAGCAGCAGAAGUGGCCUUCGAUUUGGUGUUGGAGAUACUCUUACUUUCUCAUGUUUCCCAGGAUAUAGACUGGAAGGCGUAUUCCGGAUUACCUGCCUUGGAGGUAGACGGCGUGUGUGGAGUUCGCCUCUUCCAAGGUGUGUUGCUGAAUGUGGAGCAAGUGUGACUGGAAACGAAGGCAUUCUCCUUUCACCCAAUUACCCAGCUAAUUACAGCAACAACCACGAAUGUAUCUAUUCCAUUCAAACGCAGCCAGGUAAAGGAAUCCGACUGAAAUCCCGGACGUUCAAGCUCCAGCAGGGAGAUAUUCUAAAAAUUUUUGAUGGCAAGGAUAGCUCCUCCCGGCUACUUGGUACUUUCACUGGAUCGGAGAUGCUCGGUGUCGUUCUGAACAGCACAUCAAGCAGUCUGUGGCUUGAGUUCAUCACAAAUGCGGAAAACACAAGCAAAGGAUUUGAACUCCUUUUUUCAAGUUUUGAACUGAUAAAGUGCGAAGAUCCAGGGACUCCAGAGUUUGGUUAUUAAGCCUCAGGUUAAGGAACACUUCAGGGACAAUCUGUUGUCUUUGAUUGCAAACCAGGAUACACAUUACGUGGGAUGUCAGUGCUAACCUGUUACGGAGAUCGCAGAGCCUGGAACAAUCCACUGCCUUCCUGCGUAGCUGAAUGUGGAGGUCAUAUCGUUGGAGAGACUUCAGGAAGAAUCUUAUCACCUGGGUACCCAGCACCAUAUGAUCACAAUCUCCACUGCACUUGGUCUGUUGAAGCAGAUCCUGGCAGCAUGAUCAGCAUCCACUUCCUAGUUUUCCACACAGAAGCUGUUCAUGAUGUUCUGAAGGUUUGGGAUGGACCACUGGAGAGUGGUAUUCUCCUGCGUGAGAUGAGUGGCUCUGUAUUGCCCCCAGAUAUCCAAAGCACAUUCAAUUCCAUCACGCUGCAGUUCGACACAGACUUCUUCACCAGCAAGCAGGGCUUUGCCAUUGAAUUUCAAGUUUCCACAGCUACGUCAUGUAAUGAUCCUGGAUUUCCUCAGAAUGGCAGUCGAAGUGGAGACAGCAGGGAGCCUGAAGAUACCAUUGUAUUUCAGUGUGAUCCUGGCUAUGCCCUGCAAGGAGAGGCAGCCAUCACGUGCGUGCAGAUUGACAAUAGAUUCUUCUGGCAGCCUGAUCCUCCAGCAUGUAUAGCUCCUUGCGGAGGGAAUCUGACUGGGCCCACAGGAAUUAUCUUAUCUCCCUUUUAUCCCGAGCCCUAUCCUCACGGCAAGGAGUGUGAUUGGAAAGUGACAGUUUCACCUGAUUAUGUUAUUGCCCUGACAUUUCAGAGCUUCAGUGUGGAACCAGGCUAUGACUUCCUUCAUAUCUAUGAUGGACCAGAUGCUCUCAGUCCACUGAUCGGUAGCUUCCAAGGCUUGCAGGUGCCUGACAGAAUAGAGAGCAGCAGCAACAACCUCUUUCUGGCCUUUCGGAGUGAUGCCUCUGUCAGCAUGAUGGGAUUUGUCCUUGAAUAUAUGGAGAACCCCAGAGAAUCUUGCUUCGAUCCUGGAACAAUCAAGAAUGGCACAAGAGUGGGUACAGACCUCAAGCUUGGAUCUACAGUGACCUUUUACUGUGACAGUGGCUAUGAGAUAGUUGGUUAUUCGACUCUGACCUGCAUCAUGGGAGGAGAUGGGAAACCUUCCUGGAAUAAGCCUGUUCCAUCUUGUUCAGCACCAUGUGGAGGUCAAUACAUCGGAUCAGAAGGUGUAAUUUUGUCUCCAAACUACCCGAAGAACUACACUGGUGGACAGACUUGUUUAUAUUCCAUUAUUGUGUCUAAAGACUACGUGGUAUUUGGUCAAUUUACAUAUUUUCAAACGGCACUGAAUGAUGUGGUGGAAGUUCAUGAUGGGCCAACCCAACAUUCAAGGCUCCUCAGCUCACUCUCUGGCUCCCACACAGGGGAAUCAUUGCCCCUGGCCACCUCCAAUCAAGUGCUGAUGAAGUUCAGUGCCAAGAGUCAUGCCACUGCUAAAGGGUUUCACUUUGUCUAUCAAGCUGUGCCCCGCACAAGUGCCACUCAGUGCAGCUCUGUACCAGAACCAAGGUAUGGCAGAAGAAUUGGGAAUGACUUUGCUGUUGGGGCCAUUAUCCGCUUUGAAUGCAACCCGGGUUAUGCCCUUCAGGGUUCCAAGAACAUAAAAUGCCUGGCUGUGCCUGAUGCCUUGGCACAGUGGAAUGACUCUGCACCGAGCUGUUCAGUUCCUUGUGGAGGAAAUCUCACUGAGCGAAAGGGCACAAUUCUAUCACCAGGUUUUCCUGAUCCUUAUCAGAACAGCCUGAACUGUUUGUGGAAAAUCACGGUCCCCGAAGGAGCUGGCAUACAGAUUCAAGUUAUCAGCUUUGCCACAGAGCAUAACUGGGACUCCCUGGAGGUCUUUGAUGGUGGUGAUAUCACAGCAACAAUGCUUGGCAGUUUUUCAGGUACCACAGUCCCAGCUUUGUUGAACAGUAGCUCCAAUCAACUUUAUUUACAUUUUUACUCUGACAUCAGUGUUUCUGCAGCUGGAUUUCAUUUGGAAUAUAAAACUGUGGGGUUGACAAGCUGUCCAGAACCAUUGGUCCCUGCCAACAGUGUGAAGAUUGGUGAGAGAUACUUAAUCAACGACGUUGUGUCUUUUCGUUGCGAACCAGGUUACCAAUUGCAGGGACACUCCCAUAUAUCUUGUAUGCCUGGAACUGUCCGCCGGUGGAACUACCCUCCACCACUCUGUAUCGCACAAUGUGGAGGGAUUUCCAUGGAUGUCAACGAUGUAAUCCUGAGUCCAGGUUUUCCAGGAAAUUAUCCCAGUAACAUGGAUUGUGUUUGGAGGAUUUCACUUGAAGUUGGAUAUGGGGCUUAUAUUGAAUUUCUGAACUUUUCCACUGAACCUAACCACGAUUUCAUUGAAAUUCGGAAUGGACCACAUGACACUAGUUCUGUGAUUGGCAGGUUCAGUGGAGCUGAACUUCCACCUUCUCUAAUGUCUACUUCUCAUGGGACAACCAUAUACUUCCACAGUGAUCAUUCAGAAAACAAAUCAGGGUUCAAACUCAUGUACCAAGCUUACGAAUUGCACGAAUGCCCUGAUCCACAGCCAUUUUCUAAUGGCUUUGUCACAGAAUCUGGUUACAAUGUUGGACAGUCCAUUUCAUUUGAGUGUUUCCCAGGAUAUCACCUUGUCGGCCACUCAGUUUUAAACUGCCAGCAUGGAGCUGACAGAAAUUGGGAUUACCCUAUACCAAGAUGUGAAGUUCCCUGUGGAGGCAAUAUUACUACUCACAAUGGCACAAUCUACUCUCCUGGCUAUCCGAAUGAAUAUCCAAACUCGCAAGACUGUACUUGGCUAGUGACAGUGCCUGUGGGCUAUGGGAUUUAUGUCAACUUAACUCUACUGCAAACAGAACCUGGCAAUGACUUCAUUACUAUCUGGGAUGGAGCUCAGCAAAGUGCACCCCAGCUAGGAGUGUUUAGUGGAAGUUCAAUAAAAGAAUCAACAUACAGCACUUCAAAUCAGGUUCUUUUCAAGUUCCACAGUGAUAUGGCAAAUGGAGGCCGAUUUAUUAUAAAUUUUUAUGCCUAUCAGCUGAGGAAGUGCCGGCCUCCUGUUUCUGUGGCAAAUGCAGAGAUUUUCUCUGAAGAUGAAGAGUUUGAGAUCGGUGAUAUUAUCAAGUACCAAUGCCUUCCUGGAUUUACACUGAUUGGAAAUGAAAUAUUAACGUGUCGUCUCGGAACACAUCUCCAGUUUGAAGGACCACCUCCAUCCUGUGAAGCACAUUGCCCAAUGAAUGAGAUCCUCAUGGAGUCCUCAGGAGUCAUCUUAAGUCAAGGCUUCCCAAGAAAUUAUCGACAUUUCCAGACCUGCUCAUGGAUUAUUAAAGUAGAUCCGGGCUACAAUGUUACUCUUCAGAUUGAGUUCUUUCAGAGUGAACGACAGUUCGAUGAACUGGAAAUAUUUGAUGGUCCCUCGAGUCAAAACCCACUGCUCAUCUCUCUCAGCGGCAACUACACAUCUCCAAUAAUAGUUGUCAGCUCAGGCAACAAGGUUUACCUCCGCUGGUCAUCUGAUCAUGCCACCAGCCGGAAAGGAUUUAAGAUAAAUUAUUCAGCUCCUUACUGCAGCCCACCAAGUCCCCCAAGGCAUGGCACAGUUCACACACAUACAGGAGGGCUACCUGGCAGCACAGUGCGAUUCAGCUGUGAUUCAGGCUAUCGAUUGAUUGGACAAGGUACUGCAACAUGCACCAGGUUCCCCCAAGGUUUUUACAAUUGGAAUACCAUUCCUCCUCUUUGUCAAGCCAUUUCUUGUGGCGUCCCAAAAGUUCCAGCAAACGGAACGGUCUUUGGGAGAGAGUAUACUCUCGGAACCAGAGCCAUCUAUCAGUGCAAUGAAGGCUACAGACUGCAGUCUGGUGAACUGUCAACAGCUGUCUGCCAGGAAAAUGGAAAAUGGAGCAAUAAUGACAAGCCUCCACUCUGUGUGGCCGUGACAUGCCCUGAAGUUAAUAGUAUCCAUGUAGAGCAUGGGAACUGGAAGCUGCUAAAUGGAAAUCCAAAUCAAUAUGGAGCUCAAGUGAUUAUCACUUGUGACCUAGGAUAUUAUCUGCAAGGAUUGAGGGUCAUCAACUGUCAGGCUAAUGGGACUUGGAGUGUCGGACAACAGAAGCCCAGCUGUAAAAUAAUCUCAUGUGGAGAACUAGGAUUUCCAGCACAUGGUAAUAAGAUUGGGACAUUAACUACGUAUGCGGCAACAGCCAUCUUUUCCUGUAACACUGGAUACACGAUGGUAGGAUCCCGGGUACGGGAAUGCCAAGCCAACGGGCUGUGGAGUGGAAUGGAAGUAAAUUGUCUUGCUGGUCACUGUGGGAUGCCCAAGUCCAUUGUCAAUGGUCAGAUAAUUGGAGAGAAUUUCAGCUACCGUGGGACAGUGGUGUACCAGUGCAACCCAGGCUUUCGCCUGAUUGGAACUUCAGUUCGAAUUUGCCAGCAGGAUCACAAGUGGUCAGGCAGAUCACCUGUAUGCGUGCCUAUUACAUGUGGUCACCCUGGUAAUCCAGCAAAUGGAAUAACUCACGGAACUCAAUUUAACCUGAAUGAUAUGGUUAGGUUUACCUGUAACCCGGGUUACUUACUGCAUGGAUCCAUUAGCUCCCAGUGCCAAUCUAACGGGCAGUGGAGCAAUUCACUUCCUACAUGUAAAGUUGUUAACUGUUCAGAUCCUGCACAUGUAGAAAAUGGAAUUCGCAGAGUACAAUUGAACAUCGCCCAGCGGUUCAGUUAUGGCAGCAGUGUCUCGUAUGAGUGCAAUGCCGGAUACUACCUGUUGGGAUCAGAUGUGCUGACAUGUCAAGGCGAUGGGUCCUGGGAUAAAUCACUCCCGAAGUGCCUCUUGGUGCUCUGUGGUCAUCCUGGCUUCCCACCUGGUGCAGAACUGUACGGUGACCUAUUUACAGUAGGCUCCACAGUACGAUACCAGUGCACCCGAAGAAGGCAGCUGAUUGGAAAUAGCACUCGUGUUUGCCAACCGGAUGGACAUUGGAGUGGAUCGUUACCACACUGCUCAGGGGAUAGUCUUGGAUUUUGUGGUGAUCCAGGAAUCCCAGCACAUGGCAUUCGGCUUGGCAAAGACUUUCAAGUGAAGAACAUGGUCCGAUUCACCUGUGAAGCUGGCUAUGCACUAAGGGGAUCUUCAGAACGUAUUUGUCAGCCAGAUGGAACCUGGAGUGGGAGCCAGCCUGAGUGUCAAGCUGUCUCCUGUGGAAACCCUGGAACACCAAGCAACGCCAGGAUAGUGUAUAGCAACAGGUUGGACUUCUCGAGUUCUAUUACCUAUGCCUGUCGGGAAGGCUACUAUUCAACUGGUUUGCUGACCAGACACUGUACUGUGAAUGGGACCUGGACCAGCAUCCCCCCACAAUGCAUAGUGAUUAAUUGUGGUGAUCCUGGAGUACCAGCUAAUGGGAUCAGACUGGGCAAUGACUUCACCUACAAUAAAACAGUAGUAUUUCAGUGCAUACCAGGCUACACAAUGGAUUCCUUGAGGUAUUCUACCCUCAUAUGCACCAAAGACAGAACCUGGAAUGGAACUAGGCCAGUCUGUAGACCUAUCAAGUGCCAACCUCCCCCCAGAAUCCUCAAUGGAAUUGUUGUGGGAACAGACUUCAGCUGGGGAGCCAGCAUCAGCUAUGCCUGUUCUGAGGGAUACCAGCUCUCUAUACCUGCUGUGCUUACCUGUGAGGGGAAUGCGACGUGGAGUGGGGAAGUUCCGCAGUGCUUUCCUGUGUUUUGCGGAGAUCCUGGAACCCCAGCUCAAGGAAGGCGAGAAGACCAAGGAUUUACAUAUAAAUCUGCUGUUUUCUUCACCUGUAAUCCACCACUGGUAUUGGUGGGAUCAUCCCGAAGGUUUUGCCAAUCUGACGGCAUGUGGAGUGGAAUCCAACCAACCUGUAUAGAUUCAACACACACCACUUGUGUUGAUCCAGGAGUGCCCUUUUUUGGAAUACAGAACAAUUCCCAAGGUUACCAGGUUGGAAGUACAGUGGGCUUCAAGUGCCAGAAAGGCUAUCUUCUCCUUGGAUCAAGUACACGCACUUGCCUUGCCAAUCUUACCUGGAGUGGCACUCAGCCUGAAUGUAUUCCACACCACUGCAGACAACCUGAGACUCCUCCUCAUGUGAAUGUGGGGUCCAUUGAUUUGCCUUCACUUGGAUACACCUUAAUAUACACAUGUCAGUCUGGUUUCUAUCUUGCUGGAGGGUCAGAGCAUCGGACGUGCAGGCCUGACGGAAACUGGUCAGGGAAACAGCCUCUCUGUUAUGACACAAGGCCCAGUGGAAGGCCAAUGGGAACAGUGAAGGAAAUAACAAGCAGCAAACUUUCCGUUCCGGCCAAUGUCUUUGCCCAGAAUUCUCUCUGGAAAGGUUCAUACGAAUACCUCGGGAAGAGACAGCCAGUCAUGUUAACAAUUAACAGCUUUAAUCUGUCCACCAGCCAAGUCAAGGCAACUCUUUUAGAUCAGAGUGGAGUCGAGCUUAGAUUGAAGGGUUUCUACAAAAAGGAGGAGCAUCAUCUUCUUCUUGAACUUUAUAAAAUCCGAGGUCCUGUUGAAAUGUUUGUACACAAAUUUAAGAAUGACAACCUGGCACUGGAUGGAUAUGUUUCUGCAGAGGCUUCAGGCAACACAUUUGUGUACCAGGGAUUUGUUCAAGGCAAGGACUUUGGGCAAUUUGGUCUCCAAAGAAUAGAUCUGCACAUGCUGGAAGCUGGCACAGAUUCAAUUGGGCACCACCUGAGCACCAGCAGCAGCUCGGUAGCAGUUGCCAUCCUUGUGCCUUUCUUUGCCCUGAUAACGGCAGGAUUUAUAUUGUAUCUGUACAAACACAGGAAAAGGCCAAAAGUACCAUUCAACGGUUUUGCAGGCCAUGAAAAUACAAAUGGUCGAGCAACUUUUGAAAACCCUAUGUAUGAUCGAAAUGUCCAGCCCUCUGACAUUGUGGCCAAUGAGAUUGAGGUGACAGUGAGCACUGUAUGCACGGCAGUAUAGCAGCUACUCUUGAGAAAUACAUUGAAUGCUGAAGUUCAGAAUCGCCUCAUCAGAUUCGACUUGGCUGCUUUUCUUCAAACAC